AUGAACUUGGACAAGACUAAGGUCAUGUUCAACGAGGUUAUAAGUCCAGAGCCGAUUUCGAUCAACGGCGAAGCGCUCGAAGUUGUCCAAGAUACGGCAGGAGAACGAGCGCAUGAUGCACGACGCCCUGCAGUUGGAAAUCGUAAAUCGCACCCGGUCGUCGGGGGUAUAUCGCUGACGCCGCGCUACUCGCCACGGCCACGGCUGGAGAGCAUCAGACCGGCGGCCGCGCCCCCCGAGGAGCCCCCGGACCUGGGCCCACCCGACCAGACCACCGAACCGGGGAAGAACAGCACUGACACCGCACUCAACGUCCACGCACACCUCUCCCCCCUCCCGAUGAAAGAGGCACCAGCGGGCCCCACG